UUCUCCUGUCCAGGAAGAAGAGAGACGCUGCUGGAGUCUGCAGUUUCUAUCCAUCAGCUGUGAUCAUGUUGUGUUAUUGGGGAGCGCAGGUCAGAGAGGGGUUCGGGCUGGUAAAGCCAGACAAUGUCAAACAUGGCAAUUCUGGUAUACGAUCCGUGUGUCCGAAAACAGCAGUUCAGGACAUGUCAGCUGGACAGGGUUUUGUUGGAUUCAUCCGCGAUGGGAAGGUCUCGAUCAUGAGAUUGCACAGUGGAGACAGUGAUCAUGAUGGAAAACUAAAGCAACUACAGCUAAAGAAUGACAGAAUCAGACAGAUUGCCUGUGGAGGAGCUGGUGCGGUUCUUCUUUCUGAUUCAGGAAAAGUUCUCAUUAUGGACAAAUCUACUGUGUGCAAGCCUCUCAAAGGUCUGGAUUACAGGCAGGUGAUUCAGAUCACAUGUGGAGACCAUCAUUCAAUGGCACUAACUAACAACGGUCAGUUGUUCGUGUGGGGUGAGAACUCUCACGGUCAGAUGGGAUUGAAGAAAGAUCAUCCCGGCUCUCCGUCUCCUCAACAUGUUGAGAGUCUGAGUGGGAUCCCAGUGGCUCAGAUCAGCGCUGGAGGAGACCACAGCUUUGUGUUGUCUCUCUCUGGAGUCGUGUUUGGGUGGGGAAAGAACUCUGCUGGACAGCUGGGCCUCGGAGACACUACAGACAGAGACCUCCCAACGGUUGUAAAUAGUCUGAACCAAAAGAAAACUGUGUCGAUCUCAUGUGGAGGGGAACACACUGCUACUUUAUCAAAGGGCGGCACAGUGUUCACAUUCGGAUCAGGAGGUUCUGGUCAGCUUGGGCACAACUCAUUUAAAGAUGAACAUCAUCCGCGUGUGGUUGCUGAACUGUGGGGAUCUAAAGUGUCACAGGUCACAUGUGGGAGACAUCACACACUCGUAUCAGUCGCAUCAUCCAAGCGGAUCUACUCAUUUGGAUGUGGGAUACAAGGGCAGCUGGGAAACGGAGAAAUGAUCAAGCAGUCUGUGCCUUUUCCUGUGGAUCUGCCAACUGAAUGUAAUCAUGAAUAUGCGAUUGAGAAAAUCAUUGCUGGGAAGAAUCAUUCCUUUGCCUUAUUUUUCAAAGAACUUGGGAAUGAGUUACAACAGCCCAAAUCCAAUCCAAGCAGAGAGAUUUUGACAUUAAAUGACAAAAUGAUUGACUUCUGGGUGUCCAAAAGUGAUACAAAUUCCUGGAACGCCAUUAAGAAGGAAAUAAACGCAGUAUUUUCCUCCACUGCCUCUCUGAAUGGAAGUUUUCUCAAAACAAGUUGUGAUGACCACUAUCAGACUUCUGAGGAUCAUUGUGGGUUGGAUUUUGAUCUGGUUAAAGCAUCCUUUGCAAAGUUAUCAGAGAAUAAAAGUGUGAUGGCAGAGGUAGUGAAGGUGGUUCAAGACAAACUGCUCCCAUCUCUGAAUCCAAAUCCAACCGGUGUGGAAUCGCUGCGAGUUUAUCUUCUCCUGCCUGAGCUCAUCAGAUUUCUCCAGGAAAAACAAAGAACUAAACUCACUGAAGCUCUGGCCUCCAAAAUCCUUCAGCUGAAUUCUGAUGCUCACAAGGUUUUAGAGACGUACUGUUCCAAACUCCCUGAUGACCGUCUCAAAAGCUUGGUGGACUUAUUUCAAAAAGAAUCCGCUAUGUUACUUGACCAUAUUGCCUAUGGAGGUAUAAAAUGGGACAAACCAAAACGCUUGCACAAAUUUGUGCAGAUCCUUCAUAGGAUCUAUAAGGCCUGCUGCAAUGCCAACAGAAACAUCACAAAGAGUGAUUUCAUCAUCCAUGAGAUCAAUGAUCUACUACUCAUACUGCAUGCCACUAAGGAAGAUCUGAAGGAUAUCUGGUUGACUGAUAUUUGUUCAUGUAUAAGAUUUAUACUCUACUAUGAAAGAGCUUUAAACAAUCUGAAAUCAUAUCCGCACAUGUUUAACCUGGAGGCCAAAUGUAGGUUUUUGAAAGACAGAGAAUGGGAGGGCAGUUUUGAACUGACUCUGAGACGCACAGCGUUGCUGGAGGAUUGCUAUCAUCAGCUGACAACAGCCGAUCCCUCAGAAGAUCUCAGAAGAAACUGGCUGCUGGUGCUUUACACGGAGGAUGUGAGCAAAAGAACAGAUGUCAACAAGAAAGACUUCUUUAUCAAUGUGUUCAAAGAGCUUUGUGCACCUGAGUCUCAGCUGCUCAUGUACAAUGACAACAACACUAUGGGCUGGUUCCCCACAAAGCUCAGCGUGGACAAGGAGAAGUACUUCCUGUUUGGGAUUCUGUGUGGCUUGGCCUUAAACAACUACAGUGUAGUGCAUCUGCCUUUUCCUUUAGCCUUGUUCAAGAAACUUCUCAAUGUCAAACCAUCUCUAGAAGACUUGAUCGAGUUUAGUCCGGUUCUUGGCAAGAGUUUGCAGUACAUCCUGGACUACAGCGAUGAUGUUGAGGAAAUGGACAUGAACUUCACGGUCACAUGGGAUCAUUCAGAAAUUGAACUCGAUCCAGCUGAGCCAGGAAAAAUGGUCACCAAUUAUAACAGAACAGAAUUUGUGGACAAGUAUGUGGAUUUUAUCCUGAAUAAAUCAGUGGAGGAAGUGUUUGAAGAAUUCAAGAGAGGCUUCUUCAAAGCCUGCGACAAAUGCAUAGUGGAGAUGUUUGAACCGGAGGAGCUGAGAGGAGUGCUGGUGGGCAAUGAGGAAUAUGACUGGGACAUACUCAAAGAGAAUACCACAUAUGAAGGAUCGUUUUAUGCAGAGCAUCCAACCAUCAUUUCAUUUUGGGAGGUGUUUGAUGAACUGACACCAAAGGAGAAGGCGGCCUUUCUGUUGUUCUUGACAGGGUUCGAGAGAGUGCCCAUUCAGGGUAUGAGUGCGGUGAAGAUGAGAGUGAGACCCCUGUUUAAGUUUACUCAGGACCAUCUACCACAGGCCCUCACCUGCUAUGCUCUGUUUUGCCUUCCUGUUUAUCAGAACAAGGAAACUCUCAAGGCUAAACUAAUUGAAGCCAUCAACCACAAGAGGGGGUUCUGGGAAGAAUGAGGCAGAUGCUAUAUUAUGAGCUCAUCUGUGGUCAGAGGUCUAACCUUGAUACUUGAUAUUCCCUGGCAGUAAAAAGGACUUUUCUGUUUAUAAAUACAUAAUGGAG